GCCGUAGCGGGCGUGCACGCAGUUUCCUUCAAUCUCCAACAGAAAGUGAGCCAAAGUACCAAAACAAACCGGGUCAGCACAGCAUCCCUGCGGGGCUCCACAUCACCUCUCAUCCCCACUCACCACCACCAUGGACGGCGUGCCUCUGCGCUGCUUCUCGGAGGACCACUCCGAGGAGAUGUUCGUGGACGACGGCGUGGAGACGGUGACUUCAGUGGAGCAGAAAAAAGUGGAGCACAGCAUCGAGGAAGUCAUCAAUGUUUACAAGCAAAUACACAGCUUACCACAGCCAGCAUUGUUGCGGGAACAACAUUACCAAUAUCUCAAGAAGGGCUUACGUCAUUUAUCAGACGCCUACGAGUGUCUGGAUGCCAGCAGACCGUGGCUUUGCUUCUGGAUCCUUCACAGUCUGGAGCUACUAGAGGAGCCCAUUCCUACUACCGUCGCCUCAGACGUCUGCCAGUUUCUGUCGCGCUGUCAAAGCCCCACGGGGGGUUUCGCCGGGGGCCCGGGGCAACACGCCCACCUGGCUCCCACCUACGCCGCCGUCAACGCCCUCUGCAUCAUCGGCUCAGAGGAGGCCUAUAAUAUCAUCGACAGGGAGAAGCUGUUAGACUUCCUGUGGUCAGUGAAGCAGCCUGACGGCUCCUUUGUGAUGCACGUUGGAGGCGAGGUCGACGUCAGGAGCGCGUACUGUGCAGCCUCGGUGGCGUCGCUCACCAACAUCCUCACACCGCGACUGUUUGAAGACACGAUCAGCUGGAUCCUCAGGUGUCAGAACUGGGAGGGCGGUCUGAGCGGGGUCCCGGGCCUGGAGGCCCACGGCGGCUACACCUUCUGCGGCACGGCGGCGCUCGUCAUCCUGGGCAAGGAGCACAUGCUGGAUCUCAAAGCCCUGCUGCGGUGGGUGGUCAGCAGGCAGAUGCGGUUCGAGGGGGGCUUCCAGGGCCGCUGCAAUAAGCUGGUGGACGGGUGCUACUCUUUCUGGCAAGCUGGACUCUUGCCACUCCUCCACAGAGCCUUAUUCAAAGAAGGAGAGACGGAGCUGAGUCGGCAGCGGUGGAUGUUUGAGCAGCAGGCCCUGCAGGAGUACAUCCUCCUGUGCUGUCAGAACCCCACCGGGGGGCUUCUGGACAAACCUGGCAAAUCGAGAGAUUUCUACCACACGUGUUACUGCCUGAGCGGCCUCUCCGUCGCGCAGCACUUCUGGAACCUGGACCUCCAUCACGAGCGGGUCCUCAGCAGGGAGGAGAACCGGCUGGCUCCAACUCAUCCAGUUUACAACAUUUGUCCGGAGAAGGUAGCUCAGGCUCUGCAGCACUUCCACCGGCUGCCCGUCCCCUCAGGCGACCGGGCGUCGGACCCUCACCCAGCAGCAGCAGCAGCAGCGGACCCCCAGUCCUAGUCGGCCUUGGCUCAAAGGUCACUGUGUGCGAAUUAGCCAACUCUGGGAACCGGACUCGAACCAGAGAACCGGGUCAGUUCUGAGGUGGACCAGCCCAGCAGCAACAGGCGGCGGUGGAGCUCAACAGUUCAGUGUGUGGGCAGCUUCACAUCGGCUGAUUUUAUUUUAUUUUAUUUUUGCUUGUAUCGCCCGUUUUCAGUCUCCGCAAUAAAAAUGGAACUUUUAAGGUUUCAUUACGGCGCAAGUUAAUAAAAGUUUAUACAGCAGUCGA